CAGCUCUUUCUCCAGGAGUUUUUGGGGAUUCCUCAUCUGCUCCAGGAGCUGGAAGUGAUUUUCAUCUCGUUCUCCAGGAGUUUUUGGGGAUUCCUCAUCUGCUCCAGGAGCUGGAAGUGAUUUUAAUCUCGUUCUCCAGGAGUUUUCAGGAUCCUCAUCUGCUCCAGGAGCUGGAAGUGAUUUCCAUCUCUUUCUUCAGGAGUUUUUUGGGAUUUCUUCAUCUGCUCCAUCUGGAAUUCCUGCCCUGGGAACCCAUUUUGGGACUGCUCCAGGAGCUGCGAGGGACUCCAGCUCUUCCUCCAGGAGUGUUUUGGGAUUCCUCAUCUGCUCCAGGAACUGGGAGAGAUUCCAGCUCAUUCUCCAGGAGUUUUUGGGAUUGCUCAUCUGCUCCCUCUGGAAUUCCUGCCCUAGGAAUCCACUCUGGGGCUGCUCCAGGAGCUGCGAGGGAUUUCCAGCUCUUUCUCCAAGGUUUUUUUUGCGAUCCCUCAUCUUCUCCAGCUCCAUCUGCAAUUCCUGCCCUAGGAACCCAUUCUGGGGCUGCUCCAGGAGCUGGAAGUGAUUUCCAUCUCUUUCUCCAGGAGUUUUUUGGGAUCCUCAUCUUCUCCAGCUCCGUCUGCAAUUCCUGCCCUGGGAAUCCACUCUGGGGCUGCUCCAGGAGCUGGGAGGCGUUCCCAGCUCUUUCCCCAGUUGUUUUUCUUGGGAUUUUUGGCUUUCUUCGGGAGGGAGCGAUGGCGUUUGGAGCUCCAGGAUGGCUGCAGCUCUGCUCUCCUCCCAGCAGGGAGCUUCUGGAGCUCUCCAACCCUGGGAAUUCCCACGGAUCCCGCUGGGUCUGACUGGAAAUCGGAGCUGGAGCCGGAGCAGGGCCCGUCCCCAGCCAGGAUCCCACCCUGGGGACAUUUGGGGUUUCAGGGGGUGACAGAUCCCUGAGGAAAGGACCCAGAAGAGGAGGAGAAUCCCAAAAAAACCCCCAGGAAUUCCAGAGGAAUGCCAGGAGCAGCUGCAGGUCCCCUCCUCACGCAGAAAGCCGUUUAGAGGAUGGACCCCGAGCUGCCCGGAGGAGGAGGAGGAGCUGAGGAAGGGCUGAUCGAGUUCUACGGCUCCUUCAAGGAGAUGUUUGAGUUCUUCUGCAAGAACACCACGAUCCACGGCACCGUCCGCCUGGUGUGCUCGGGCAGGAACCGCAUGAAGACGGCCUUCUGGACGCUGCUGCUGCUGGCCAGCCUGGCCAUGCUCUACUGGCAGUUCGCCCUCAUGCUCGGCCAGUUCUGGGCCUACCCCGUGGUGCUCACCAUGUCCGUGGACUCCGAGCCCAAGAUGUUCCCGGCCGUCACCAUCUGCAACCUCGAUCCCUCCAGGUUUGAGCUGGUCAGGGAGCAGCUGGAGCAGCUGGAGCGCAUGGCCGAGGAGUCGCUGGCCUUCCUGUACGGCCCCAAGGCCUCGGCCAGGCUGUCCCACCUGAGGGACAGGGACAGGGACAAGGACGGGGCCAUCCGUGUCCAGGCCUGGGCCAACCUCAGCAGCGCCGGCUUCAGGCUCAGCCACAACUUCUCCCUGGUCAGGAUGUGGGACCCCGGCGCGGGCAAAAAACAUUCCAGAGUGGGGUUCCGGCUGUGCAACUCCACGGGUGGGAAUUGCUUCUACACCUCGCACCCGUCGGGCAUGGACGCGCUGCUGGAGUGGUACCGCUUCCACUACGUCAACGUCAUGGCCCAGCUGCCGCCGGGGCCGGCCCCGCACCCGCAGCACUUCCAGGACCUGGUCUACUCCUGCCAGUACGACGGGGAGCCCUGCCGGCCCGGCGAUUACGUUCACUUCCACCACGCCGUUUUCGGGAGCUGCUACACGUUUAACAGCAAGGGGACAGAUCCCUUCUGGGCAGCCACGAAACCAGGAAUUCCCUAUGGGCUGUCGCUGAUCCUGCGGGCCGAGCAGAAGGAGCACAUCCCGCUGCUGUCCACCGUGGCCGGGGUGAAGGUGAUGAUCCACAGCCACAACCAGACCCCGUUCCUGGAGCACGAGGGCUUCCACAUCCGCCCCGGCAUCGCCACCACCAUCGGCAUCCGCCAGGACCAGGUGAAUCGCCUGGGGGGCAACUACGGCAGGUGCACCACGGACGGGGCUGACGUGGCCGUGGAGCUGCUCUACAACAACUCCUACACCCUGCAGGCCUGCCUGCACUCGUGCUUCCAGCGGGCCAUGCUGCAGCGCUGCGGCUGCGGAUACUUCUACUACCCGCUGCCCGCCGGCGCGCGCUACUGCGACUACAGCCGCCAGCCCGCCUGGGGGCACUGCUUUUACCAGCUCUACUCCCGGCUCCGGAAUCACCGCCUGGAUUGCUUCCAGCACUGCCCCAAGCCCUGCCGGGAAUCCCUGUACAAGGUCUCAGCUGGCACAGCCAAGUGGCCCUCGGCAAAAUCCCAGGACUGGGUGCGCCAGGCUCUGCGGCACCAGAACGGCUACAACUCCAGCAGCAGCAGGAGGGACCUUGCCAAGGUCACCAUCUUCUACCGGCAGCUGAGCUCGCAGGCUGUGCACGAGGCCCCGCUGCUCUCGGAGAACCUGCUGCUGUCCAGCAUGGGCAGCCAGUGGAGCCUGUGGUUCGGCUCCUCGGUGCUCUCGGUGGUGGAGAUGCUGGAGCUGCUCGUGGACACCCUGGUCCUGUCCCUGCUCUUCUGCCUCCAGAGGCUCCGGGCCGGGAGCGGGGCUCAGCCCGGCCCCGGGGAGCUCCGGGAAUCGCGGGGGGCAGCGGGACAGCUCCGGAUUGGGGCGGGGAAGAGCCGCGAGCAGGAGCCGGGACGGCCCUGAGGGAUGAGGGGCUGGGAUUCCCAAAUUCCGGGGGAAAAGUGACAGGGGUGUCCUGGAUCCACAGCUGAGGGGGCUGGGAUUCCCAAAUUCCGGGGGAAAGUGACCGGGAUGUCCUGGAUCCACAGCUGAGGGGCUGGGAUUCCCAAAUUCCGGGGGAAAAGUGACCGGGGUGUCCUGGAUAGACAGCUGAGGGGGCUGGGAUUCCCAAAUUCCGGGGGAAAGUGACAGGGAUGUCCUGGAUCCACAGCUUAGAGGACUGGGAUUCCCAAAUUCUGAGGGGAAAAGUGACCGGGAUGUCCUGGAUCCACAGCCGAGGGGGCUGGAGAGGCUUAGAAUUCCCAAAUUCUGGGGAAAAGUGACAGGGGUGUCCUGGAUCCACAGCUGAGGGGGCUGAGAUUCCCAAAUUCUGGGGAAAAGUGACAGGGGUGUCCUGGAUCCACAGCUGGGAGCUCUGGCAGUGCUUGGAAUUCCCAAAUUCUGGGGAAAAAGUGACAGGGAUGUCCUGGAUCCACAGCUGAGGGGGCUGGGAUUCCCAAAUUCUGGGGGAAAAGCACUAGGGAUGUCCUGGAUCCUCCCCUGGGAUCUCCCUGAGCUUGGCAGUGCUUGGAAUGCACCUGGGCUCUGAUCCCAGCUGGAAUUCCCCAAAAACCUCCUGGAAUUCCCAAACCCCUCUGGGCUCUGAUCCCACCCAGAAUUCCCA